CUUAUUAUUUGAAUUAUUUGACUUCAAAAAUGCUUCGUUCCUUAAGAAACGGAUCAAACGUUGUUAAACAAUUACCUAUAAUCAGAAAAGGAAUUAUUACCACAAUUAGCACGAAGUCUCCACGGAAAAAGCAAAUCGCCAUAACUCCUGGUUUGUUAUGGGGAAAUAAACAAUUAGAACAUUUCAGAAUAGCGAUAAAUGAAGUAAAAGAUUUCGAAAAAAUUUUUCAAGAAAGCCCUCCAAAGAUUGAAAGUUUAUCUGAAGAAAUAAAAGAGGCAUUUUCUAUAGAUCUAUCUAAGUUAGACAUUUUAUAUAAUAUAGAUUGGGGAAAGAUAGGACAUAAACAGGUUUCCAGAGUCGUAAGAUCUUUACUGGCAGUAACAAAGACUCAUAGAAACGUUGAACAUCAGGAAAUUAAUUUAGCAUAA